AUGGACCGCAACCGCAGGCCAUCCAGCUGGGAUGAGCUGCCAGACGAGAUCUUGCUGCAGAUAAUCGCCCACCUCGAGCCUUGUCACAUCACGCGCCUGCAGCUAGUUUCGCACAAGUUGCAGAAACUUUGCCUGGAUGACGAGCUGUGGAAACAAAACUGCUUCGACGACUCGCCUUGCAACCCACGAAUUCUGCGCAAGAUGCUUCAUCCUCACCCGAAACCCCCGAUCGAGCCGUACCGCAGUCCGCACCGCCGACCAACGACCGCAAACACCGCAGAUGGCGAAAGCAGGACAUGGCUAACUGGGAUCCGUCGUUCCCCACGGAGCGAGUAUCUUGUCGAAGCGCGGGGUGUCGCACUGUACAAUCCGUAUGACGGCCGCGACGGCAAUGGAACGAUGCUGGCUGUUUCCCCGCUCGAUGAUGGAUCUGUCUGUCUGUGGGAUAUUCAGGGGACCCGAGGCAAGCAGGGCAGCAUAGUUGGGCGUAGUAAGCCUGACAUUCUUUUCAUCGAUGGACCCGGCGGCCAAAAUCAGCGGCGGUCGAAGCGAAUUGACACUGGUGUGACGGAGUGUGUCAGCGUCAACCACCAGAACAAUAAAGCAUUCUUUGCAGUCCAGAGUCAUCUUAUUGAGGUGGACCUGAACCGCCUUGAAGUGGUGAGCCGCGAGUCGUUUGAAUGGUCCAUCACUACCAUGUCGGCUGUAAACGAUGGUCUGCCUCUCACUGUUGGAACGUCUCUCGGCAUCCAUCUACAUGAUUUUCGUGCACGGUCCAAUAUGUCGAGCGAUAGAUCUGAACGAGUUGAUUGGAACGAGUCAGAUGUCUAUAAAUCCAUAUUCGAUCCAAAGCCUCUUCCCCCCUACGCAUCGCUGUCUCAGCCCACUCCGAUCAGCAUCCUGCAUCUUCCCAGAGCUGGAUCGCACAGCCAAAUAUCAGACGACAUCUAUGUGUCUGGACGAUUCACCAACAUUUUACAUUAUGAUCGGCGCAAAUUUCCUGCCAUUGUUGGAUCGAUUUAUUCCGGUGGUCUUAUUAAAAGCUUGGCCGCCGUGCCAUACCCAUAUUCGUCGGUAGACUACGAGAUUCGGCGGCAAGGCGAACUUCCGAUGGAGAAAAUUUCUCGAGUUAAAAGCACUGGCAGUGGUGUCACCUUGAUUGCUGGCGGCUCAUACAAGCUGAAGGGGUCCCUUGAGAUGUACGGGCUAAGCUCGACUGCGCAUUCGAGCGACCGGACCACUUUACAAAAUGCUGUCAUGAAGAACAGGCAAACAGCAGCGUCGUCGACGAUUCUCUCUUUAACGACACAUGGAACAAGAAUUGUGUUCUCAGAUGGAACUGGGUUGAUCAAGUGGUUCGAAAGAGAUGGAUUUACGGAAUGCCGGCGACAUAAAAUCGGGUCGUACGACCAAAGAGAAAAUAUCCUCUUUCUCGGCGGUGGACGCGGCGAGAUUGCACGCAAGAUUGUGUCGACAAAGUUGUCUACGGAUCAAGACCGACCCAAUAAUGACAAUAUACUAUUUUGGACAGGCGAAAGGCUCGGUAUGCUUAACUUUGGGAGAGCACCGCUAUGCCACUCGGAUGACUUUGAACAGCGGGGAGAAGAGAUGGCAGCGGAGGAGGAAAAGCGACAGCAAUAUACUGGCAAGAUGCGUGAAGCGCUCGAGAGGCAGACCGACGAAAUCCGGCUUAUGAGCCGCUUUGGACACGGCCCAGCCUAA